AAUAGUAGGUGCUACACAUUUAAAUUUCCCAUUUAUAUGUUACAUACAUAAUUAGGGUUCUAGUUUGCAUUAGUGGCAUGCAUGUAAAUUUAAAAGCGGCUCUUUUGCCCUUGGGUUUACCCGCUCACCCUCCCUCCUCUGAUUUCCUCCGAUGGCUUUUCGCUUACGAUCAAUGUCGAGGCCUGCAGUGUCUUUGCUUAAAUCAUCCGUCAUCCAAUCGGGAAUCUCUACAGCCUCCGCUAUAUCAAGCCGUCCCCAUUCCUUACCGAGGGUUUCCCGAGCGGUGCGUUCAUUGCAAUCCCUGCUUCCGCUCCACAGUGCUGUGUCGUCCGCGCGGCUGACGUCGCGAAUCGGGUUGGAAGCGGUGGGGAGUUCGAGAUCGCUGUACCAGGGUACGCUCUGCAGAUCGAUCCCCGGGGUUUGA